UUACAAAUGGCCGGCACUUAUCUCGACUAUGAGGUACAUGUAUUGUGAAAGAGAUUUAUCCACAAGAUAACGAAAAAGAGUUUGAAACAACAAAAAUGGAUCAAGUACCAGAUACAGCCCAGCACUUUAUUGAAUGUGACACGGAAUCCUGUGGGAACUUUUCUGAGUUCUACUGCAAUACCUGUCACCAGCGAAUCUGUGAUCAAUGUAUACAGCGCCAUCACGAGCAGAAAAAGAACAAAAGACAUGACAUUGUCCCCUAUCAGGAGAGAAAGAGAAAAAUUCCUUCUGAGAAAUGCAGGAUCCACCCCACACAAGAAAUAGACGUUUAUUGUUAUGAUUGCCAGGAUCCUGUCUGUUCUUUUUGCUUUGUCAGACAUCACAGUGGCCAUGGUCUCAGUGACCUUGAAACAAUUUACAAUGAUAUUCUACAGAAGUGUCAGAACGAAAUUACUGAUAUCUGGAAAAGAGAAAUUCCUCAUGCUAAAGAUAAUGUUGAAUUAAUUGAGAAAAAGGGAGAAAAGGUAAAGAAAGAAAUUGCCAAGUUUAGAGUUUCAAUGAAAAAUAGAGCAGAUGAACUGAAAGAAGUUGUUGACAAUAUACUAAAUGAUAAAAAUAAAAAGUUAGAUGAAAUUGAAAAUUACGUCCAAACUGAAAUAAAGGAACAACAGAAGGAAACAGAGGACUACAUAAAGUACUUGGAAAAAAUGAUUACAGACUAUGAGAGUAGAAUGUCAUCUAUAACACACACUGAACUUAUGAAAUUCCAUGUAGAAAUUUCAUUGGCUACCUUUAAGAUGCCUUACAAAUCUGAACCUAAUCUCCCAACUUUUACAUUAGGUUCACUAAAUAAAGAAGAAGUAGCCAAACAGUUUGGUGAAAUAGAACUAGAUUCACCAGAAAGGAUUACGCUUUCCUCUGUCACAAAAGUAAGUGAAAAGACUAUCCAGGAACAAGGAUUAAUUUUGAGUCAUUUGUCUUUCUUACCUCCAAAUAAAUUUUGGGUCAGUGAUAGGUGGGGGAUUCUCUUUCAGUUUGACAUGGAAGGAAAUAUCUUACAGGAAAUACCCACCGGUAUGUCGUAUAUCCAAGGUAUCCACACAGUCACCACAGAGGGAUACCUUCUUUACACAGAUAACAGUAAAAACACUGUAUACAGAGUAACUAGUGACAAGUCUAUCAACAAAUUUAUCCAGACAGGGAGCUGGGAACCUGGAGCUAUCUACUUCUCCCCUGUCAAUGGACACAUAUUGCUUGGGAUGAAGAGAAAUAGAGAAAAUAAAAUAACCAGAUACAACAGAGAUGGCAGGAAGUUAAAUGAUAUACAGUGGGAUGAAGAAGGACAAAAUAUCUACCAAGGUAUAGAUUACAUCACAGAGAACAUUAAUGGUGACAUCUGUACAUCUGACUUGAAAGCCUGUCAGGUUGUGAUGGUGACAGCAUCAGGAGAUUAUCGUUUCUCUUACUCUGGUCACCAUUCUCAGUCUGGAUUCCAUCCCUAUGGAGUCUGUACAGAUGUUCUGGGACACAUGCUGGUGUGUAAUGGCUAUUAUUCAUUAAAAGAGAACUGUUUUAGUAUCCACCUGCUGGACAUAAAUGGUCAGUUCCUGACUCUCCUCCUCACACCAGAACAAUGUCCGUCAUCUCCCUGUGCUCUCUGUAUUGAUGAUAAACACAAUCUCUGGGUUGGAGGAUUAAAAAGUUCUACUGUCUUUUUGUACAAGUAUUUGCAAAACUCAAAAAUAUGA